CAGCGCACCUUGGACCGAUACCACUUAGACUAGACAAUGAAUAGAGGACCCAUCGUACUGACAAUAGACGAAGCAGAGUAUCUUCUGGAUCAACUGCCUCCUCCCUCCUCAGAUGACGACCAGUUUGUAGUGAAGUUACGCCGGCGGUUACAAGAUCUUUUGGCCGAUUUAAGGGACAGGCGCAGAGGGCACCGGCGCGAAUUGACCUACCCGUAGUCGCUACCUAUAAUACAGCAUCUAUUACCCUUACGAUUAUUAUAGAGAGCCCAUUAUCCCAUUAUGAUAUGUGUGUCAUAU